AUGUCCCCACUACCGCCUUUUGGCAAAAAAGCCAUAUCUUCCUCAUUGGACAGCAUUCGAAUACUACCUCGAGUACCUACAGGAUCAUCUUCAGACCUCGAAGAAGUCGAGCUAAGUUUGUUGUCCGAAGAGGAAAGAACGAGUGCUGCGCGAAACCUUCAAGAUGGUGACGCGCAAUUUUCUGCAGGUGGAACUAAAACGACUGCUAUGUCUUCGAGAGACAGAAAGGCAAUGACUCUUUUGAUUAUUCUUUAUUUAAUCCAAGGAGUUCCUCUUGGCCUUGCUCUUGGCUCCGUCCCGUUCAUUCUCCGAGAACACCUAUCAUAUUCACAACUUGGCGUGUUCGCAUUAUCCAACUACCCAUAUUCGCUUAAGCUAUUAUGGUCUCCUAUCGUUGAUUCAACUUUUUUUCCUUCUCUUGGUCGUCGAAAAUCAUGGAUAAUUCCCAUGCAACUUAUAAUCGGCUCUUUAAUGCUCUACAUAGCAUCGAACGUUGGGAGAUUGAUGGAAAAUCCUGCGGAUAAUUUAUAUGAACUCACUUUUGUAUUCACCUCACUGGUACUCUUUUCUGCAACUCAAGAUAUCGCUGUUGAUGGAUGGGCUUUAACACUUCUCUCUCAGGAGAGUCUUUCCUACGCGUCUACAUGCCAGACAAUUGGGUUGAACACAGGCUUCUUCGCCUCUUUCACCGUCUUCCUAGCGCUGAAUAGCGAAGCAUUCGCCGAGAGAUGGGGUAUUCCACGCCUCGAGUUAAGCACAUAUCUCCGUUUUUGCAGCCUCUUGUGCUUCGGAGUAACCUUCUGGCUAACCUUCUUCGAAACAGAGGGCAAGGAGUUACUAGACGAAUCAGAAAUGACUGUUACAUCCGUUUACAAGACCAUAUGGAACAUCUGCAAGCUCAAGCACGUCCAGGCGCUCAUCAUCAUGCACUUCUUCGCAAAAAUCGGGUUUCAAGCUAACGAGGCGGUCACUAGUUUGAAAAUGAUUGAGAAGGGUUUGGGUCGUGAAGACCUCGCUAUUGUUGUCCUCAUAGAUUUUCCUUUUCAAAUCUUGGGAGGUUGGUUUGCGGCGAAGUGGUCUAGCGGAGACAAGCCACUCCGUCCUUGGAUAUGGGCAUUUUGGCCCCGACUGGCAUUUGCCUUUUUGUCGACGCUCAUUGUCUACUGGUUCCCGACGCGCCCGCUUUCAUACGGGUUUUUCGUCUACCUCAUCAUCCACACGGUGCUACAGGGACUUGCAUCAACAAUUCAGUUCGUUGGGAUCUCGGCAUUCCACACCAGAAUAUCUGAUCCUCUCAUUGGAGGGACCUACAUGACGCUACUCAACACGUUUACUAAUCUAGGAGGAACGUGGCCGAAGUACUUUGUGUUGAAAGGUGUCGAUUACUUUAGCGUGGCGUACUGCGAAGUGAAGGAAGCGAAGACUGAGCUGCUUGUAAAAGCUGCCGAAUGCGUCUCUGAGCGCGGUAAGGAGCUUUGUUCUGAAAUCGAUGGAAGAUGCAUCACGGAGCGCGAUGGAUACUACUACGUUUCGGCGAUAUGCAUGACGUUUGGGGUGCUGUUCCUAAUGAUUUAUAUCAUUCCCACUGCACGUAAACUACAAGCUCUCCCCGUGUACAGAUGGCGAAUUAGCCCAGAGUGA